GCAGUGGGGGCGCGGCGGUCAGGAAGGGCCGCGCAGGCGCAGUGAGGGCGCGGCGGUGACUGCGGCAGACGGGUCGGUGGGGAACAUGGCGAGCGGCGAGGGCGACAAUAAAAGCGCCAACCUGUUGGCUGCAGAAACUGCCCGGCUUGAAGAACACUUGGAGGGUUGGGGAGAAGUCAUGCUUGCUGCUGAUCGUGUGUUACGCUGGGAGAAGCCCUGGUUUCCUGCUGUAAUGAUACUUGCUGUGUCAAUUGUGUUUUUACUGAUCUACUGGCUGGAUCCUUCUGUGCUGACUGGUAUUUCGUGUGCUAUUAUGAUGAUCUGUUUGGCAGAUUACCUUGUUCCAACCAUUGCUUUUAGAAUGUUUGGUUCCAAUAAAUGGACUGCGGAGCAGCAACAGCGAUUCCAUGAAAUCUGCAGUAACCUCGUUAAGACCCAGCGUAGGAUUGUGGGCUGGUGGCGGCGCCUUUUUGCUCUCAAAGAGGAAAAACCAAAAAUGUAUUUCAUGACUGUGGUUAGCGUUCUCUCUGUGGUGGCUUGGAUUGGACAACAGGUUCAUAACCUUUUUCUCACCUACUUGAUUGUGAGUUUCAUACUAUUGCUGCCUGGUCUGAAUCGGCACCGACUAAUCACAAAAUAUGUGGGAAUGGCCAAGCGAGAAAUUAAUAAGCUACUGAAGCAAAAGGAGAAGAAAAAUGAAUAAUGAAGAGUGGAAUUGUUGCAGUUAAAUGUGAUUUAACUACUGGUGGCCAUUGGAGCUUGCAUUCUUUUUAAAUCAAAGUAUUAAGCUCUGAGUAUGUGCUCUGCUAUGAUGUCUGGCUGGGAGGGGUAAGAGAGAGCAAUGUGUGUCUGUGGUAAAUGAGCAUGAUAUAAAUUAGGUUUGCUUCUCAUCGUUCAAGUAAGUUAAUUUUUCAAAUCAAGAAUUGCUAUUUAGUUUCAGAAAUCUGUCCUUCAUUGAUAUGUUGUGUUUUUGUAGGGUUUUUUUUUAAACAAUGAUUGCACUGGAAGUUUAAUUAUAAACUGUUGUGUGGAGCCAUUGAAUAGUUUCAGUACAAUGGUCUGCGUUACUGAUUCUUUAGUGCUUGCAUGUAAAUGAAAACUAGUUGCCAGCAUAAAAUAUAUCCAUAUGACCACUUUAAUUCUGUUUUAAUUUGCAUGUAAAUAGGAUUGUCAUUCACUCUGUAUAAAUGUUUUGUGUAUAUUUGUGGCAAAAGUAGAUUUAGUCAUUUUAAAAUUGUAAACUCUUGAAGCUUCGCACUAAAUAAAACCCUGACCAGGUUAUUUACAUUUGAAUUAAAUACUACUUAUUUAA